AUGCCAGCCAAAGGAGGCAACGCGAAGAAGGAGUCGGGCCGGGCGAAGAAGGCGGCCAACGAGGACAAGAAGGCUGCGGAAGCGGCUGCUCGCGCUGAAGCGGACGAAGCCGCACGCUGGGACGACCCCUCGGGCGGACGAGGCAAGACUGCCGCCGAGAAGAAAGCGGACAAGGCGGCGGAAGCCGCGCGCAAGGCUGAAGAGAAGAAGCGACUCGAGGCCGAAGACGACGCAUCGACUCCCGCAGCCAAGCCUUCUGCAGCCAAAGGCAAGGGAGGGAUCAAGAAGUCUGCGCUCAAGUCCGGAGGACCCACGGGCAUCGACUCUGCCAUCGCGUCGUUUUCGGCGUCGAACCUGGACGAUGCGCUGGAUGCCAUGUCGCUCGUCAACGAGCGCGGCGACAAGGCGAGCAAGGGCGCAGCUGCGGGUCAGAUCGAACGCCACCCCGAGCGUCGAUUCAAGGCCGCCUUCGAGGCGUACAAGGAGCGCGAAUUGCCCAUCAUCAAGGAGGAGCACAAGGGCCUCAGGUUGCAGCAGUACCACGAUCUGCUGUACAAGCAGUUCCAGAAGCAUCCGGACAAUCCGUUCAACCAGCUCACGGUUGCAUACGACGCCUCCAAGGACGACAAGCUCGCCGCGCUCGAGUCGAAGCGAUCCCAGACCGAGAAGCGUCUGCGCGAUGCCUAG